UGAUAGACGUUUGCUACAACCUGCUCAGGUAUGUGACAUUCUCAAAGGAGUUAUAUUGGUCAUCUGCUACUUCAUGAUGCACUAUGUUGACUACUCUAUGAUGUAUCAUCUGAUAAGGGGACAGUCUGUCAUAAAGCUCUACAUCAUCUAUAACAUGCUUGAGGUGGCUGAUCGUCUGUUUUCUUCAUUUGGACAAGAUAUUUUGGAUGCUCUUUAUUGGACAGCUACAGAACCUAAGGAAAGAAAAAGAGCUCACAUAGGUGUGAUUCCUCACUUCUUCAUGGCAGUGCUGUAUGUCUUCCUGCAUGCUAUCCUUAUAAUGGUUCAAGCAACAACCCUUAAUGUGGCCUUCAACUCCCACAAUAAAUCACUGCUUACCAUCAUGAUGUCCAAUAAUUUCGUUGAAAUAAAAGGAAGUGUUUUCAAGAAGUUUGAGAAGAACAAUCUUUUUCAAAUGUCAAAUAGUGAUAUAAAAGAGAGGUUCACCAAUUAUGUGCUGCUACUAAUUGUGUGUCUAAGAAAUAUGGAACAGUUCUCAUGGAAUCCAGAUCAUCUUUGGGUGUUAUUCCCAGAUGUUUGCAUGGUGGUUGCUUCAGAAAUUGCAGUGGAUAUUGUGAAACAUGCCUUUAUAACAAAAUUCAAUGACAUCACAGCAGAUGUCUACAGUGAAUACAGAGCCAGUCUUGCAUUUGACCUUGUAAGCAGUCGACAGAAAAAUGCAUAUACAGAUUAUAGCGAUUCAGUUUCCAGAAGAAUGGGUUUCAUUCCUCUUCCACUGGCUGUUUUACUCAUGAGGGUCGUAACAAGCUCAAUCAAAGUACAAGGAGUCUUAGCUUAUGUUUGUGUUGUGCUUUUCUACUGUGGGUUAAUAUCUUUAAAAGUCCUUAACAGUAUUGUAUUACUGGGAAAAUCAUGUCAAUAUGUAAAGGAGGCAAAAAUGGAGGAGAAGUUAUUCAAUCCUGUCCUGACUGCCACCCCAGGGAAGCCGGCUGGCAGACAGCAAAGCACGUUUAAAUCCACCCAAGGAAUUUCCACAGAUGAAAAUGGAUCUACAUCAGUUACCAAUCAGCCUGUGCAUCAGAAGGAGAAUACGCCAUCUUUACUUGUAACAAGCAGUUCUGAUCAAUUUCUGACAACCCCUGAUGGAGAAGAAAAAGAUAUAAGCCAAGACAGUUCAGAAUUAAAACACAGGUCUUCAAAGAAAGACUUGCUAGAGAUAGACAGGUUUACUAUUUGUGGAAACAGAAUUGACUAA